ACGUGACGUGAGUGCAAGAGUCGACGACUGUCGGAGUCGUUUCUUUAAGUCACGUCGGCAGAGGUUAUCGUAUUACAAUUCCAAUUCCCGCGUCGAGCUUUAUUUGGGGAGAAAGGGGAAAGCGCUAUAUAAUAUCGGCAUCGUCGUGAAUCGAUUGAGAAGGCAGACGGGGCUGGCAGUAUCAGCUCCACUCAGAGCAUUCCGAGUCAGCAUUGUACCAAGAUGCUUCUGCUCGUGUGGAUGCUGCUCUCACCAGGUGCGCUGGCUGCAGGGCAGCUCGCUCCCAGCCGUCUGGUCCCUUGGCCAUCGUGGAUCGGGACCUGGCUUGCCGACGUGGCUGACGAGGCAGACAUCCACCCCGAGGAUCGACAGUGCGCUGCGGAUAGCCGCCUGGUCUUGGAACAUUUUCACAACCACUCGGCUUGGGCCGCGAGAAUGCUGGACGCCAGCAGCACGGGCCCCUCGCCGGGCCUGCUGCGCGGCGUGACGGACAGCCUGGGCGACUUCGACGAGUGCCUGGGCUUGGCCUGGCCGCACGCCACCGCUGCACCCGUGGAGCCGCAGUACUGCCUGGUGACGCUGCGCACCGACCCCUUCCGCCCCUCCACCGCCUCGGGGACCGCAGCCUGGGGCACCGUGGAUCACGUGGGCCCUUACGCCAACGUCCACGCCAUGAUGAAGGGCCACGGGCAGCACCGUGCCGUGGUCCCGCUGGGCAGGCUGCGCUUCGGCGUGUGCCUGCCGGCGUCCUGCUCCGCCGAGGCCGUGAACCGCGCGGCGCGGCGCCAUCCCCAGUCGGACGGGGACGUGCGCUGGGCGGCGGCGGUGGAGCACGCCAAGUUCUGCACCCGUCGCCACCACGUCACGGACGGCAGCAGCACCAGGAUGGUCCUCGCGGGUGUAGCAGUGCUCAUCGGGUUGCUGGUCCUCGCUGGCAGCAUGCUUGAUCCAAAUGGAGUAGCUGACCUGAAGAAGUUUCAAGGGCUGCAAGUUCUGUCUGCAUUUUCGAUGCGCCGCCAAUGGGCUGAUCUGACGAAGCCCAUGGGAAGUGGCACGAUUCCUGGAUUGGCAGGCUUUAAGACAUACAUGUGUGUCGUUGUUGUUGUCUUCCACCAUUUCCUGUUGCAAGAAGCCCUCUCCGUAGGAGCCAACUCGUUCGCAGCUCCGGCGGACGGAAGUCCUCCUCUACUGGUCGCGUGGAUGCAGGACUGCAUUCACAAUGGCAUGGUGCACUUCUUUUUCUUCUCCGGCUUCCUGAUGGUGCGCGCAGGACACGAUGCACGCCUUCUUGCACCACUCCGGCGAGCGAUUAGGUUUCUGCCGCAACUGGCGGCCAUGACGCUGGUGCAGGCUGUGGUCUUGCCCGCGUGGAGCAGCGGCCCGGCGUGGCGGUGGCGUAUGGACUUCGAACGCGACGACUGCCGGGCGGCGUGGUGGCGCACCCUCCUGUAUAUCAACAACUUCGGGCCCCGGGGGGCGCCCACUUGUGUUAUCCAGCUGUGGUCUAUGGCAGUGGACUUGCAGUGUUUUGCCGUGUGCCAGUUCAGCAUGUGGAUAUGGGCGCGGUGGAUGCGUCGGUCUCCGAAGCCACUUCAGGGAGGUGCCGAGAAGUCAACACCGUCGGUCCAAGGCAGCCAAGAGGUCAAAAGCCGGUUCGCAGGAGGAUGGCCGAACGGGCAGUUGUUUGGAGCGCUCUUGGCUCUGUCACUGACACUAGUUGUCCGUGUAGGCAUGGGGGUCUACUACAAGUGGCCUCUGGUGCUUGCCAUGGAUCACGCCUCCUGCGCUCAUCUAGAAAACGCUCCAGAACUGUUCCGACCAUACACACCCAUGAGCAUCCAUCUUUUGUCCUACGUUCUCGGUGGCGUCUCCGCAAUUCUCGUGAAAUCUCUCUAUCGUGACACCUACUCGGCUAAAAUUAGCAAGACCAUGGGCAACGUAGUGUUCGCCCUCGUGUGGGUGCUGAUGUGCUGGCGGGGCGCAGUCUCGUACGAGGCCUGGCGCGAUGCCGUGUACCUUGGACCGGUGCUGGACGCUCUGGCCUCCACGCUGCGACAGGUGCUGACUUGUAUCAUGGCCGCCGUCCACCUCGUCUUGCUCGAGCCUCGGAUCGCCAGGCCAAAUUUUUGGCAGUGGCUUUUGGGUCACCGAUUGAUGGUGGUGCUGCAUCGCCUCGCUCCACUCGUCUUCCUCGUGCACAUGAUGCCCAUAAUGACGACUGUUUUGACUGCGAGGGGCCCUGUUCCUCAAGACACCGCGUCUCUGGUUCCUGUUGCAGUCACCAUAGUGGUGCAAUCCUUCAUCUUGGCGCUGCUGGUACAGCUGGCUUUGUUGGGCCCGCUCACUAGUCUCUGGAAGUCCUGGACACGUCCUAGAAGCUCCAAUAAUAGCAUCAGCUGCAGUACAAACGGGAAGAAGCACACCGAUUAGACACAAUCUACCAUUUUGUCGGUUUCUUCUAACAUUAUUUCAUUAAAAGUUAUUAUUAUUCGUAACGAA